CCGCCGCCGCCGCCGAGGAGCCCCCUGCCCACCCCGCCGGCUUCGCACCCAGGGCCCGGCCGGGGGGAGGGAGGGGGGGCUCCAUCGGCCCCGGAGCCUACGACAAAGGCCCCCCUGGGAGCGGGCCGGGUGCCGGCCUCUUGCAGCAGCGUCUGUCUGCCAGCUCCGAAGCCUCUCAGGUCCCAUGGAGCCUCCAGGCCCUGGCACCCCCUCUCCCCCUGGGCCCGGGUCCGGCCGGGACAGCGUCCAGGUCCCCGAUGACCACGACUUCCAGAGCUUCCGGGCCGAGUGUGAAGCCGGCGAAGGCUGGGUGCUGAGCUACAGCAAGGCCGGCCUCGGAGUCUGGGUGCAGGCCGGAGAGCCCGAGCGAGCCCUCCACAAGAUCAAGUGCCGGAUGGAAUGCGCGGACGUGGCAGCUGAAACGCUGUAUGAUGUUCUCCACGACACCGAUUAUCGCCGGAAAUGGGACACAAACGUCAUCGAGACCUUCGACAUCGCCCGGCUCACGGUCAACGCCGACGUUGGCUACUACUCAUGGAGGUGCCCCAAACCCCUCAAGAACCGAGACGUGAUCACCCUGCGCUCCUGGCUGCCCAUGGGGCCUGAUUACAUCAUCAUGAACUACUCAGUCAAGCACCCUAAAUACCCUCCACGGAAGGACCUGGUCCGAGCCGUGUCCAUCCAGACGGGGUAUUUGAUCCAGAGCACGGGGGGCCAGAGCUGCACCAUCACUUACCUGGCACAGGUGGAUCCCAAAGGUUCCUUGCCCAGAUGGGUGGUCAACAAGUCGUCUCAGUUCCUGGCACCCAAGGCCAUGAAGAAGAUGUACAAGGCCGGCGUGAAGUACCCAUCGUGGAAGGAGAAGCACCGGCCGCACUUUAAGCCGUGGCUGCAUCCGGAGCAGAGCCCCCUGCCCAGUCUGCCCCUGUCAGCACUGGCUGUGCAGCACGCAGAUUCCCUGGAGAACAUCGAUGAGAGCGGCCUGACCGAGGGCCGUGAGGAGCGUGGGGGAGAGGGCCGUGCCGCCGAGGGCAGUGAUGAGGACUCCGUCAACUGAGCCGCCCCGGUUCCAGUCUCCCUUUCUUGGGGGCAGGGGGCCACGGUAGCCCUUGCUGGGGAGGGCAUCGCUGACCCGGGGCGCCGCGGGGACCUGGAUGGGGCAGCGGGGCAGGAACGCUUGGAGGAAAGGAGGGGAGUGAGAGAGGAGACCCCUGGGGGGUCCUCCGGUCCACCCCCUCCCCGGGCCUGGCAUUUCUGGGUCCACGCGAAGGAGAUGUGGGGAGGAAGCACCUGCACCUGGACGUGGGAAAGCCUUGAAUAAACCUCUGAGCCGUCGGCCCCAUCCACA